GGGCGGUAGGAAAGAGAAGCUUCCUUGUCAAGAUGGCGGCUCCCUUGACUCUACUUUUAAUUCUAGCCGUAACAAUCCGUGCGGUUCUCUUCAGGUCCAGUUUAGCGGACCUGAUCGCGGAGCGGGUGGAGGUGGUGUCUCCGAUCACCGCCUGGAAGCGAGUGGUUGAAGGUUUGGCUCUGCUUGAUCUCGGUGUAUCGCCGUACUCCGGAGAUGUUUUCCAUGAGACUCCUCUCAUCAUUUACCUCUUUCACUUUGUGGUGGACUUCGCAGAGAUCACGUUUAUGUUGGCGGACGUGAUCACUGCUGUGGCUCUCUACAUGGCUGUGAAGGACUACAAUAAACAAGUGUUCAGGAAGCAGAAGUUUGCCUUGGAGGCAGAACGCUACCCUCUGGACUGCCUGGAGCUCGUCAGAAGCCCCGAAGAAAUGUAUUACAUCCCCCUGAAAGUAGCCAUGUUUUACCUGUUGAACCCGUUCACUAUCUUGUCCUGCGUCGCCAAAUCGACCUGCGGCCUGAACAACGCCGUCAUCAGCCUCUUUAUCCUCGCCACCAUUAAAGGAAAUGUUUUGCUGAGUGCCAUAUUCCUGUGCUUGGCCACCUAUCAGUCCAUCUAUCCCCUCACUCUGUGCGCUCCAGCAAUGCUGUACCUGAUGCAGCGUCAGUACAUCCCGGUGAAUUUUCGACGGACCAGCUUCUGGUGGUUUGUCGCGCAGUACCUCUUCAUGUACCUCGGCAGCCUGUUCGUCCUCGUCGGCCUCUCCUUUUUCCUGCUCAGCUCCUGGGACUACCUCCCUUCUGUCUACGGCUUCAUUCUCUCAGUUCCUGACCUCACCCCAAACAUCGGCCUCUUCUGGUAUUUCUUCGCCGAGAUGUUCGAGCACUUCCGCCUCUUCUUCCUCUGCGUCUUCCAGAUCAACGUCUUCUUCUACACCAUCCCCCUGUCCAUCAAGCUCAAGGAGCAUCCUGUGUUUCUGAUGUUCAUGCAGCUGGCGGUGAUCUCCAUCUUCAAGUCUUAUCCCACGGUGGGAGACAUCGCUCUCUACCUGGCCUUCCUCCCCGUCUGGAGCCACCUGCACAGAUUCUUGAGGAACAUCUUCCUGGUGUCCUGCGUCCUGCUGGCCUGCUCGGCUCUGUUCCCCGUCCUCUGGCACCUCUGGAUCUACGCCGGCAGCGCCAACUCCAACUUCUACUACGCCAUAACUCUGCUGUUCAACGUGGCGCAGAUCCUGCUGGUGUCGGAUUAUUUCUACGCCUUCCUGAGGCGAGAACACCACCUCGCCUACGGACUGUAUCUGAAGAGGAAGGACGGCUCGGAGGCCACGCUGGUGCUUAAAUAAGACACGCCUUGGCGGGGAGGGGGGAGAGGAAGGGACGGCUCCUUUGUCCUCAGAAGGAUCAAACACAAACUGAGGAGGACAAGAGACUCUCUGGUCCUCGGACAGAUCAAAAACACACAAUGCAGGAAGUGUGCUCGGUCAUAUGGAAACCAUACUACAUGACAGACGUGGGGCGUGGACACGUGGCUCCUUCUCGUCUGGAGUGCUCUCAUUUUGAAGCCUCCACCUGGAACUUGCACCUGUACAGGUGACUUUUAUUUUGAAGAUUUUUCACCCUUCUUUUUGUCCCCCAGCUUGAACCAAGUCUUGCGCAGAAGGAAAAAUCCUUCUUUGCUCUUAUUUGCUAUCGAAAUGUGAGAUACUACUGGUUUGAUAGUUUCUGGUACACAGUCCCCCCACACACACACGCUGUUCUGGGCCAUUUCAAGUUUACAUGAUUACGUUUAUAGUAAAACUCUCUUUUGUGGUGAGAAAUGCAACAAAAUAACCUUCUGUUUCUCACGACUUUCUAGCCGUUUCCUUUUUCACGCACAUGUUUAAUUAACUGAUUCACAGAAUUACAAACAGUGGAGUUUUUAGUUACAUAAACCAUAAAACUGCAAUAGUGAACUGCCUGAUAUUUGGCAAAAGAAAGGUUUAUUUACUCAGAUCAGUAAACUCCUAAUGAUUAAUUACCGAUUAAUAUCAUGGACCAAGUUGAAGUCUCCAAAUUAAUCAGUCCUCUAUUUCUGCAUGUAAUCAAAGCUGUUUCAUGAAGCCAUUGUUCAAAUGAGAUUCGACAGUGAAAGUGAAUCUCUCCCCUAUGCAUGCAGGGCGUUAUGGUUUGACAUUUAGCAAAAUACGCCCUUCUGGUGGAAUGAAACGUAUGAAGCUAGGAUGUGGUUAACUUGGCUCAAAGACGCUGUGGUCGAGAAAUAGUCAGACACACGCGACUACAACCAGAAAACGGUCUUUAUGCUAAGCUAAGCUAACUAUCUUCUUUAUAUUCAACAUACAGACACAGACGUAGUUCCAAUAUUAACGUUCAACUCAACUUAAACCCUUCACUAGACUUUGAGCAUGUUUCAAAUCCAGACUAGACACUAACUCUGUGCAGUGUUUACUACAUACUCAUCAUCGUCAAACUGUAACGAUUUAACACAACACAGCUGAUCAGCUGAUUUAUACUAACAGGGGGUGAAAUUGUUUGGUCCACGUGGUGGUUAAAUGGACCUUUACAUACUCAAACCCUGCACAGAAAUGGUGCGUAUCGUGGAAGUGGGACCUAAACCACUGUUCAAUUUUUUUUUUAGUUUAAUUCACUUUCCUCCUUAAUCAGAAAUCAUUGUGACAUCUCUGCCUUCACAGCCUUCAUUUAGAGCCUUUAAAAGAAGCCUUAAACAGCAUUAGAAGUGUUUAAAAGAAAGAUCACUCUUAAAUGAUUUGCUUUCUAUUGUAUUAACAAGUUUUAGUUUGUUAAUUGGUUUAUGUAGGCACCAACAGAAUCCCCCAAAAUCCAACAUUAGAGUUUUAUGUGUAACUGCAAACUGGUUUAUGUGUGAAAUAAAACCAUAAAGUCAAACAACCUAUAAACAACCCUAACCUGUUUGGGCAGAGGGUCGACGGCGGCCAUUUUGAUACCAAUGAAAAAUUAUUUAUUUAUUUUCUGCACUGAAAACAUUGCGAAGAGAUUUAAUUCUUACUAUUGUUAUUAUUUGAGAGAAGGGAGGAGCUUUUUUUUUUUCCCCCCUUUUGCUUUUCUGUUGUUUUGAUACUGCUCUGUGUAUUUCAGUGUGUUUAGUUUGAAUACAUUAAAGUUCAGGGUUUGAGAGGGUUUUAUUUGAAGAAUGACUGAUGUUGAUUAUUAAACGUGAAGUCUCGA